AUGACCGUCGUCUAUACACCACUCCUCGUCUUGGGUCGGGAGAACUUAGACUGGGAUCACACAGAUGGUAGGGGUGAUCUCUUGCUUCCCACGUUAGGACUCGCUUUACCCGUCUUUCCCGGUGAUGUUGUGUUCUUCCAGCCAGGGCUCCUACCUCAUCGAGUGGUGGCUCUCAAGCCAGAAGAUGCCAAGAAACGAGUGGUGAUCACCAUGUUCACCUGCGAGCCUACAACGGAUUACUUGGACAUGCAAGGAAUCAUGUUACCCCGUAAGAGGUCCUGGAAGCCGAGGUCAGGGCAGGAUACUUGUCCCAAAUGUGAUAAGACCUACAAGGAUCUCCUCGAUCACAUCAAGAAGAAACACGUGAGAGGGUUAUCCUACCACCGUAAACGAUACCCCAGUCAUCAUGUGUAA